UCCGGCCACAGAGAAGAUUGUAAUGACAUGUGCCAACAAUGUCUCUCCAGUCUGGCUCUCCAACUUCUGGUUCUAGGAUUCUUCUGCUUGGCCGAAGAAACACAUACAGAAGAGAACUGAAAAAAUAUCGAAAUGAUCACGUGUUGGAUUGACCUACAAGGAUAUCGACACCAGUGAUGUCUGGAUCGACCCGCCUCCCUCUGCUUGUUUGGUGUGUGUGUGUGUGUGUGUGUGUGUGUGAGGAGAAGUUGCAUGCAGAGUGAAGAGAAGCAGCUCCGUUGAAAAGAACGGAAGUCAUCCUAAAAAAAAAGUUGUUCUCCUGUGCCGUUUUAUCUUGGGACCUUUUAGCAAGGAUCAUUACGGGAUUUCCGUCUCAUCCGGAUUUACUUGACGGAAGUUUUUUUUUUUUUUUCCUCCAUGGAUGUCGGGUUCCUCCUCAAAGCAGGAGGCGAGGAUCUCCUGGCAGCUUCUCGGAUGUUCUCCUUCACACGUUGAGAUGCUGUAAGCGAGUCACUAUGCGUGGAGACGAAGCGUCGGGAUAGCGUGCAUGGUUCCCGCGGAGCCCCCACUCCCCUCUCUCCCCCGUGACUGAACGCUCUCUCAUGCCGCUGAGGUCGACCACCCCGGGCUGCGCACGGUGUGCGCACCGCGCGCCAUCCACACGUCUCGGGCGAAGAGUCUAAAUCCAUGCGGUACCCUCCGAGAACCGGACGGGACCGACACGACUCAUCCAGGACGGUCUAGGUUGUCGUAUGUUCCGGUCGAGACGCUCCGGACUUGUACGGCGACUGUGGAGAAGCCGUGCGGUCACCCGGAGCGAUGGAAGCAGCCGAGGCGAGGGAGGAUGUCCGUGUGGCUCACAGCCGCGAAGAAAGCAGCAGGGGCCGGUGACACGCGUCGGGGGCCCCGCUGCGGGGGAAGCCGGGGACUCUGCGGAGGAAGCGGAGCAAGCUGACGAUGACCCGGAGGUCAUGUGCGCCUCGGGUCGCGGAGUGGAAGAUGUUGACGGUCGUACGGUGACGUGUUGUUUAUUUGGGGACCUCAGACCUCGGACCCCCCCAAAAGACAACUGUGAGUGUGGCCUACUGAAUAUUGCUCAUGCUUUUUUGAAAAAACUCCCGGAGAGAAGUCUGGAUGUGUUGCUGAAGGCUGUGGAGUCCAGAGGCGGGGUAGCCGGCGAGUGCGUCAUGGUGCCCGGCGCUGAGCUACGGUUCGGGGCUCACCACGUCUCAUCUCAGUACCUCCUGUGUCGGAUGUACCGGUGGAGAGACCUGCCGCCUUCGGCCCGUCUCAAAGCGCUUAGCCACUGCCAGAGCUUCGGUGGUCUGGACGGCGUGGAGGUGUGCUGCAACCCGUACCACUACAGCCGUUUGUGUGGGCCAGAGUCACCUCCUCCCCCGUACUCUGUGUCCCAUUCAGAUGAACGCAAGCCACUGGACUCUCCUCUGUCUUACACUGAAACUCCGCCCCCCCUCAUCACGCCAGUAGCCUACACAGAGACCGGUACCUCCCUCGGCUCCUCCCUCGGCUCCUCCACCUCCUGCGGCCAUCGCUCCCACUGGUGCAGCGUCGCCUACUGGGAACAUCGCACACGCGUGGGUCGCCUUUACCCCGCCCACGAGCCCUCGCUCAGCAUCUUCUACGACCUACCUCAAGGCACGGGCCUCUGCCUCAGCCAGCUCCGCGCCAACGUCAACCACUGUCGCCGUGACGACCGAGGCAACCACAGCACAUCGGGACUUCCGGGCCACCCCGGCCGAGGAGCCAACGGCAGCGGCGUCCGGCAGAUCCGCAGCAAAAUCGGCUACGGCAUCGUGCUGAGCCGGGAGCCGGACGGCGUUUGGAUGUACAACCGCAGCCAGCACCCGGUCUUCGUCCACUCGCCCACUCUGGACCUUCUGAGCGCUCGGGGGCCGAGCGUGAAGCGCGUGAUGCCGGGUUUCUCCCUCAAGGUGUUUGACUACGAGAGCUCCACUUGGAUGGCUGAGCAUGGCAUCAAACCCGAAAGCCAGGAGGGGCCCUGGGACCCCCGCAGUGUUCGUAUCAGUUUUGCUAAAGGAUGGGGCCCCUGCUACUCCAGACAGUUCAUCACUUCCUGUCCGUGUUGGCUGGAGGUGCUACUUAACGCCCCCAGAUAGCAGAGACUGGCAGCGUGGAUCCCAAUUGUAAUCUACCAAGAUUUAAUAUAAAGUUGAUAUAUAUAUUUUAUAAAAAUAUAUUAUACAUGUAAAUACUUUUUACAACUAUUUAUGUAUAGUGUCAUGUGGACAAAACAAAAAAGGAACAAGAAUAUGCACUUUUCAUGCUUUCUAUACGCAAACGCUGGUUGAUGCUCUCGUGUUUUCAUGAUUUCAAAAGUACGCUUUCACACAAUAAAGCCGUUGUAUCAAACGCAAUCGUUCGUUUUAGUCGAUGCUUCAUGACUCACUGAUGGGAGUCGAUUUCUUCAUUGCUGGAGCCUAUCCCAGCUGUCUUC